AUGGCGGGGCCGGGCGCCAGGGGUCGGCUGGGCGCGGGCCUUGUGCAGGUCCUCUAUGUGGUCGUGGCGCUCCUAGCACUCGCCCCGAGCACGCAGGGAAUAGUGCUGAAAGUAGUUGGGCGAGAGUGCGUCUACAAGCACGCCGACGCGGGGCAGCAGGUGUCGGGCACGUUCGUGUCGAUGUCCCGCGUGGGCGCGCGGCAGCAGGUCCCGGCGCUGAUCGUCACGGCGACGGGCCCGCAGGGCGAGGCGGUGUUUAGCGCGCUGGAGCGCGAGGGCGAGUUCCAGUUCCUGGCCCCGCAGCGGGGCAAGUUCCGCGUGUGCGUGGGGCCGCAGGACAAGGCCCUGCAAGCCCGCGAGAUCGACGUGGCCGUGGAGGUCUUCGUGGGCCACCUGCACCACGCGGUGUCCGGCGCGGACAAGGCCGGCGUCGAGGACACGCAGGCGCUGCGCCAGGUGGUCGACGAGCUGUCCAACACGCUCAGCACGGUGCGCGCCGAGCAGCGCUACGUGCUGCGGCGGAAGGAGCGGCAGUACAAGACGCUGCAGAGCACGCACCGCCGGGCGCUGAUCGGGGCGUGCGGGAAGCUGGCGGUGAUGGUGGCGGUGUUCGUGUUGCAGAUCCUCGUCGUGCGGUGGAUGUUCACCACCAAGUUCGGCAUGCCCACCACCCGGACCCCGCUAGGCGGUUUCGGGGGCCUGUCGGGGCUGGGGUCGUCGCUCACCAGCCGGACGGGCAGCAUGGGGCGCCUCCUGCCCGGCAUGGGCGGCGCCGGCGGUGGCAUGGUGACGAGCUCGGGGGCGCCGCCGCCCGCCAGGGGCGGCGGCGGGUGGGGUGCCGGGGGCGGGCGGACGUACGGGAUGUCGGCCACGGGCCCGCCGCCGCCGAUGCUGCGGACCUCGCCGCGCACGUCGCUGGGCGGCAUGUCGGCAGCAGCGCAGCCGCCGCCCAUGCAGCCGCCCAUGCAGCCGCAGCCGCCGUCUUCCAGGCCGGCGGGCGCACCACCGCCCACGUUUGGAAACCCGAGCGCCUACUCGUACGGGGGGCAGGCCCGGAUGCGGGCGUAG